GCUGGUCUGGAGGUGGGAGGAGAGAGUGACAGCCAAGGAGGAGACAGAGACUCAGGAGAGCGUAAGGAAGCGUCUUCUUGGCUGAGGCUGGGGCGAGGCGGGAGAGGUUGGAGGGAAGUCUGCAGAGGAGAGACAUCCUUUGGGGUCUGCAGAUCUUCUCGUGCUCUGGGAAGUGCUUUGUGCACUUAGAGGCACCUCCAGCCCUUCCCACUUUCCAAGGCUCAAGCUGGAAGCUCGGGGUGCUUGCUGAGUUGGCGACACAGCCACCGAGCUGGUACCCCCUUGCCCAGCAUGGAGGAAGGUGAUGAUUUUGACCACUACUACGGGGUGGACAACCAGUCCGAGUGUGAGUACAUGGACUGGAAGUCCUCCGGGGCCCUCAUCCCUGCUAUCUACUUGCUAGUCUUCCUCCUGGGCACCACGGGCAACGGGCUGGUGCUCUGGACCGUCUUUCGCAGCAGCCGGGAGAAGAGGCGCUCGGCGGACAUCUUCAUCGCCAGCCUGGCCGUGGCCGACCUGACCUUCGUGGUGACCCUGCCGCUGUGGGCCACCUACACAUACCGGGACUACGACUGGCCGUUCGGCACCUUCGCCUGCAAGCUCAGCAGCUACCUCAUCUUCGUCAACAUGUACGCCAGCGUCUUCUGCCUCACCGGCCUCAGCUUCGACCGCUACCUGGCCAUCGUGAGGCCUGUGGCCAACGCGCGGCUGAGGCUGCGGGUGAGCGGGGCCGUGGCCACAGCCGUCCUGUGGGUGCUGGCCGCGCUGCUGGCCGUGCCCGUCAUGGUGUUCCGCUCCACCGGCGACCUGGAGAACACCACCAAGGUGCAGUGCUACAUGGACUACUCCCUGGUGGCCGCCUCUGGCUCGGAGUGGGCCUGGGAGGUGGGCCUGGGGAUCUCGUCCACGGCCGUGGGCUUUGUGGUGCCCUUCACCAUCAUGCUGACCUGUUACUUCUUCAUUGCCCAAACCAUCGCCAGCCACUUCCGCAAGGAGCGCAUAGAGGGCCUCCGGAAGCGGCGGCGGCUGCUGGGCAUCAUCGUGGUGCUGGUGGUGACUUUUGCCCUGUGUUGGAUGCCCUAUCACCUGGUGAAGACGCUCUACAUGCUGGGCAGCCUCCUCCACUGGCCCUGCGACUUCGACCUCUUCCUCAUGAACGUCUUCCCCUACUGCACCUGCAUCAGCUACGUCAACAGCUGCCUCAAUCCCUUCCUCUACGCCUUCUUCGAUCCCCGCUUCCGCCAGGCCUGCACCGCCAUGCUCUGCUGCGGCCAGAGCAGGUGUGGGGGUGUCUCCCACAGCAGCAGUGGGGAGAAGUCGGCCAGCUACUCCUCGGCGCACAGCCAGGGGCCUGGCUCCAACCUGGGGAAGGGUGGAGAGCAGGGGCCCGAGAAAUCCAUCCCCUACAGCCAAGAGACCCUUGUGGUUGACUAGGGCUGGGACCUGAGAGAAGCCUGGUGCCCUCUGCCCCUACCCUGCUCUUUGCCCUCUGAAAAUCAGGUAUAGUGACUGCACCUGCACCUUCCCUCUCGCACUUCACUCCCACCCCUUAUCCCUGCCCCCUACCUGGGUCUCGCUGGCCUCUCACCUCUAAUUGACUCUUUUUCCAGAGCUUUGCAGUAGGGGGCAAGGAUCUGAGCCUGCAGACCCACCCUCAGCUGCUUAAUAUCUGCGAGGUGCACAAAUCUCUUUUCUUAACUGCUUGGAGCCCCAGUUUCUCUAUUUGUAUAAUAAGGUGGUAGUCACAUUGACCCUAAAAUGUUGAUGUGAUAGUCCUUGGCUCAGUAAAAUUUAGUUUCUUAUUAUCUCCAGCACUCUCUCUUCCUUUUCAGUUUUCCCUUUACCUCUUCCGCCCUCUCCUUUCCCUCUUUCUUUGCAAUCUUAGCUUUGAAUCCUUACCUUCUGGCUCCAAACCCCUCUCCUUCAACUGGUCCCUGUCCCUCCAUCCCAACUUCUCCCCCUUUUACCUCCUCCCUCUGAAGGGCUCCUAAGGGUUAAGUAUCUGGAAGCUUGCAAAGACUGACCCUGUUUAAGCUCUUUAUCCUGUUGCCUGAGACGCAGAGUUAGGGAAUGGGCUGGGGUGGGGAUGGGCUGUGUGUUGGCAAAGAAUUAGCUCUCCAGCCCCUGGAGCUGGGAGCUCCAGAACUUUCCCUAAAAUUGGAUCAGUUCACUGUCAUUUAAGGCCCUUGGGCUAGAGCCAUAUCCAGCUCCUUCCCAGAAGGUGCCUUACCUUCCUGCAGCCCCUCUUUGACGGUGCCAAUUAGAUACACUUGCUGCUAAUUUCCUCAGACUCUUUUAAUCGAUCCUCUAUCUUCUGUGGGAUUGGAAGGCCAUGGGACUGGUGAAACCAAGGACUCCUUGGUUUCAUUAUAUGAAUGGGAAGUUGGGAAGGGAGAAGGGAGAGUAGAGAAAGAGGGGGAGGAGAGAUUUCCCUGGGUUUGGCUUAUACACUGCUUGGCUCCCCUCCCCAUAUCCUCAUCCCUCCAACUUUCUUUGAAACUGAGCGGUGGGUCUUUCCCAUGUCUCUCCAGCCCACCCUUUCAUCCCAGGCUGUUUUUCUUGGGCACUGGUGCUUCUUGGUGCUGAGAGUCACUUUCGUGGGGUGGGGCUGCUUGCUCUUUGCCUUAUGUGGGUAGAAGCAUGGGUGGGCUUACCCAAAGAGCAGUGCUCCCACGUCACUUGGAUGAACCACCCUCCCACCCAGUUCGUUCCGCCCUUCACGCAAUAUCCUUGCGUAUGGAGGCAAUACAGGAUAAAAAUGUGUGCACCCCCCACUGGAUUUGGGGGCUCCAACGGCUGGUCCGUGCUUUAAGAGGGAAGGCUGUGUUUGUGCUGGCUUCUCUACAGGGACAUCUCUUCCAAAAGGGGCUGGCAUCCAAGGCUUGGGAACUUCCUCCUGAGCUGGGGCCUUCCCUAGUGCCAUGAGGGAGAUAGGAGCCUUGUUAAACGCUUCCCUUGGCCCCCUUCCCAGCCUCCCCACCUUGCUUCGAAUUUAUGAGCCUUUCCCUCAUCACUCUCCCUUUUCCCAGAGCCAGUGGUCCGAUCCCUGAGGAAGCCACCUCUUUGCUGUGGGGUGACAAUCACAGGAUGGGCUUGGUCUCGCCAUCAGGGUUGGAGCUCUUGGCUUCUCCUGCGGGUUGGGGGGCUGGGACCAUGGUGGGGCUGAUGGCUUGACAUCCAUGCCACCAGCGAGGCCUUGAAGAAGUGGAUGGCGGGGGCUUUGUGAGCUGGGGGCAGGGCGUGCACAUUCUGGGUUUUGUUCUUGGAGGGCUUUGGACACAAAGACAAGACGUGAGCUGUGCUGGCAGGGAGAGCCCAGCUUGAUGUAAAUGGAUGCCUGACCGUCCCUGGGUGCUGAGCGAAGAGGAAGGGGAGGGGGCUCCUUGCAGCUUAGUCUCCCCACCACAGGCUGGAAUCUCCCACAGGCUCACUUUUCCUGCCCAGGGCUGGUUUCAAAGCCUCCUGUCAGGACUGGAAGAAGCUUCUAGAGAGGAACAGUGUGCCCCUGAGGCCGUUCUGGGGGACCACCUGCAGAGACUUCCUGCCUGGGGCUCACUGGGGGUUCGGGAGAGAAGGCGGGCGACGCUGCCACUGGGUGCCCCCUCAUCUCCCACCUGCCCCUUCUGUGCUAUUUUCUGACCCUGUUAGUCAUUGUGGUUCAACAAAUAAAUCAGUUUUGUGUUA